UUCACUUUGAAAAGUAUUCAAAAUGGUGGACAGUGUAUUUUGCAGAAAAGUAAAAACCGUACGCUUUUUGGACAAGUUGUGGUAUUUUGCGCGUAUACAUGGCUAUUUUGCAAGUCAGAACUACAAUUUCUGGCAAAUUAUAAUUGUGGCCUACGUCAUCCUCGUACCGAACUUCGUAACAAUAAUUUCCUUUGAGUUUCAGCUGCCCUUCAUCCGUGACAUGGAGCAGUUGUCUGAGAAUUUUUAUAUGAACAUGUCAGUCCUGACUUGCUGUUCCAAGUUUCUAAUUAUCCUGAAAAUGCGUCCCAAGUUGAUUAGCAUCAAUGACCUCUUUGGCAAACUGGACAACGUGGGAUUGACAGCACAACAGAGUGAUAAAUUGCAAAAGGAAAUAUUGAACUGUAAUCGAUUGACGACCUUUGUCACUUUUUGGUAUUGGUUGGUGUCGACUACCACGGCCUUUAAUGCAAGCCUAUCUAAUGGCAAAAUACUCAUGUUUAAUGUUUGGACCCCUUACGACUUCCAACAGUCUCCCUGGGUAUACUGGAUAACGCUUUUAUUCCAGUACAGCUGCUUUAUCAUUGUGGCCACACAGAAUAUGACAAACGAUCUGAUCGGUCCUUUGUAUUUUAUAAUGCUCAGGGCUCACCUUCAAAUUUUAAUUGAACGAAUACAGAAUAUCGGAUGGGAUCCCAUGAAAACGCAAGAUGAAAACUACGAGGAUUUAGUAAACUCUAUUAAGGAUCACAAGAUAAUAAUGAACAUUUACAAUAUAUUGCAAAACCUUAUUUCCCUAACGAUUUUCAUCCAAUUCGCGGACACAGCCAUCGUGACGGCAAUGCAGCUUCUCAUAAUACUUUUCUAUGCAGUGAACUUUUCGCAAAUCAUAAUGCUGAUGGUAUCAUCGUUAGCUUCCAUCAUUGAAAUCUUAAUCUGUUGCUACUUCGCUGACAGUUUCACAGAAGUAACAAACAAUUUGGUGAAUGCAAUUUAUUCUGCAAAUAUUUUCGAUCAAUCAAGGAAUUUUCAAAGAACUGCAAUCAUCUUCAUGCAAAUGACACAGGAGUCAAAAGUGGUUCUUGCUGGGAAAGUUCUACCGAUAACAUUGGUCACAUUCGCAUCGAUUAUGAAAACUUCGUACUCACUACUGACCCUAGCUAACCAUAUGCGUUGAUCUUCAUGAACCAGAUACAAUAAAAAAACUGAACGCUAGUAAUUUGCACGACGCUAUCUAGAUCUAUCAAAUAUUACAGUCUCUUGAAAGCACUGUCCUUGAUACAAAUGUAUACUUUAACCUAUUGUUUAUUAAAUGCUUAAUG